UGUUAACGGAAAUUGCUGCUCCUUCCGGGUGAACAACUUAAGCUAAGCUACCCUGAUUAUCCAAGAUGGCAGCAGCUAUGGAUGUUGACACACCGAGCGGUGCUAACAGUGGAGCGAGCAAGAAGCGAUUUGAAGUCAAAAAGUGGAAUGCUGUUGCGCUGUGGGCCUGGGACAUAGUGGUGGAUAACUGUGCCAUCUGUAGGAACCACAUCAUGGACCUCUGUAUAGAGUGCCAGGCCAACCAGGCUUCUGCCACAUCGGAAGAGUGCACCGUGGCCUGGGGCGUCUGCAAUCACGCCUUUCAUUUUCACUGUAUUUCCCGUUGGCUGAAAACCAGACAGGUGUGUCCUCUGGACAACAGAGAGUGGGAGUUUCAGAAAUACGGACACUAGCUGUUUUAUUCUAGACUCGAUCGAUGGCUUCUGCAAACACCGGCCUCUCUGUCUUCAUACCCCCCUCCUUUGCUUAUAAUACUAGACGUUGUUUUACACUUAUUUGUUUUUGGGAUGUUGUGAGUACAUGAAUAAAGAGUAAUGUUAUCACAAACAGGUA